CACAACAGGAAAUGACUCGGCACCAGCACGCAAUCUUUCAACUAAACCGACAUUUUCUGCUCCACUUGUUGUCAGUUGGACUUCUUGCUCUCUGUCUAUCCAUCCAUCCACCCUGUCUGCCUCUGUCCCACAUCUCUGCCUGGCUGAGUGGGAACUACUUUUACAUUUGAUGGCUUUGGAAGUGACCUUAGUAUUCUUGGAAGAAUUCUUAGGAUAUAAUUCUGUCAGAAGGAGGAAUUCCCACCAGGUGACUUGCCCCCUGCUGUAGCGACCAGGCCAGGGGAGAGGAGGAGUUGUGGAUCCAGGAGCGGACCAUGGAGCAGUGUGAAACUGCUGCGAGCCCCAGCAUAGAUCACCCAUGGAAGGCAGCGACAAUAAUGAGGAAGGCCUGGAUCCAGAGCAGAGACUCCUGGCAGGGCCUCUCUGAGAGCCAGGACACCCAGGAUCAGGAGGGUUGCAGCGAGGAGACACUGUGUUCAGAUCCCACUAUGGAGGAGAGGACAGCCCCGGCCGAGGAGCCUGUCCCUAAGAAGAUUGCGAGCUGGCUCAAGGACUGCAGGACUCCUCUUGGGGCCUCUCUGGAUGAACAGAGCAGCACUCAGUCCAAGGGAGUGCUAAAGAAUGGCUGCAGCUUUGAAGACUACUUUUCUCUGGGAGCUGAGGCCAACCACCUUCAGCCCAACAGUGCCAAAGCAGAGACACCCUGCUAUGGGAUAUGUGCAAAGGACAAGAGGAGCCAGUUCCUACAGAACAGGAGUAUGAACUCAAUAGGCUCAGGGAAGAGCAGCACCAGUGUAUCCAGUGUGUCUGAGUUGUUGGACCUAUAUGAAGAGGAUCCAGAAGAGAUCCUGUAUAACCUGGGGUUUGGCCGGGAGGAGCUGGAUAUCGCCUCAAAGAUCCCCUUGCGCUUCUUUAACAGCCCCUCUUGUGCUAAGGGCAUCGAUCUCAAGAUGUACCUGGAAGCACAGCUACAACGCACAGAGAUGGAAAAACCCAACUAUGCCCUGACAAGUCGUUUCCGUCAGAUCGCGGUCCUGACCACAGUGGCCAACGAAUUAUUCCAUCUCUACUCCCAGGUGUCGGGCCAGCACGUCCAAAAGAUCUGCAGCCUGGAUGGGGAACCCCUUACCAUCAUCACUCCUUCUCCUCUGACGAGGAACAACUCAGCCCUGAACGCAGCCAAGAUCCUAAAGAAGACCAUCACCAAGCAUAACCUGUUGGGUGGGGCAGCAGAGGAAGUCUCUCAUAGCCCCACAGCCCUGUCUACUACCACAGAGAAACAAGCAGACCAAUUGAGUCCAGGUACAGGGGACAGCGCCAUCACUACUGACUCCGGCCACAAGGGGGAGCUCAAGCAGAAGGCCUUCAUGAAGAAGGAAUCUACUUCCCCGGCGAUGUUGACUGAGGACAGCCACUCUAGAGGCAGCGCUGAAGCCCCCCUGAGCAUCAACGGACACCACGCUGGAAUGAAUGGAGACAGUCCUAAGCUAAAUGGAAAUGGCCUGGCGUUGACAGGAAGUGGAGAAAAUCACAUUUCGUUCACUGUCAGUGUAGUCCCUGAGGAGGCCCAGGAGGGUGAUCUGAGCCUGUGCAGCGAGGCUGACCUGGAGAAAGAGCACCAGGAAAUCCAUCAGAGGGCCAUCCGAUCAACCCCAGACGAAGAACCUAACUACAGCCUGAUGCACAACGCUCACAUCACCCACCACCACACGCAGGCCAAGGAUUCCUUUGAGAUGGAAGAGGUCCAGAGUAAUAAGAGUGAAGCUCUACUUGGAACUUGCAGCCCCUCUAGAGCAGGCAGUGAACAACAACUGAGAACAACCAACCAGCAGUCAGACAGUAGUGGUUUUGCAGAGGGCCCCUCUACUGAUGGCUCAGCUAACAAUUUCAAGAUACAGGAGAGCGCUGACAGCUGUGACUGUGAGACAAUGCUGAUGUCCUACGCUGGGGAGGUGACCACUCCUCUAGCCCUUGAACACCCUGCCUUUGAGAGGCUGCAGUUAAAGGAGGAACAGGAGGAGGAGGAUGUGCAGAUACCCUCUGUCCUACAGAAACGCCUUGAGGAGGACGGGAGUGGGAGCAAGAGCCCUAUUGGGGAGGAAGAGCAGCGGCAGGAGGUGCCACAGUACACCUUCCACCAGUUACCUAAACCAGAAGAUAGAGGAGUGGCCCAAGACUCAGAGCAGGACCAGCAGCAUAGCACUGCUGAGGAAGCUGCUUCUUAUCCUGCCUCUGAGACUCCUCAGUCAAGUCCUGAGACUUGCCAUACUGUUGAGGCUGAUCCUGACAUGGCUACAGUGCCUGGUCCUACAGAAGACCAUGGCUCCAUCCUGACCCCUGACUGCAGCUCCUCUGGUGCCCCAGCCAGGGAGGGUGUGACUGACAGGGUGGAGAUGGAUGCCAGGCUCUCCAGCCCUAGACCCAGCUGCCCCAUCUUCAGUGCCUCACCCAGGGUCCACGGGGCCCUCUACAGGGCCCAGCAGAGGGCCUUGUCCCCAGGCCUCCAGGGCCCCUGCAUGGAGGGGAAGGUGAGGGAUCUGUUCAGGAGAAGAGUCCCCCUGACGAGGUCCCGAUCCCUGCCUACCUCCCUCCUCAGCCCCUCCUGUGCGGUCUCUUCUGUCAGGAUCCAGUUUGGCCAGGGGACAGUCAGGCACUGCACUCGGACGGUCUUUUCCUACCGAUACACCCCAGAAGUGAAGGAGGAGGAGGUGCAGGUGGAGGAGGAGGUGCAGGUGGAGGAGGAGGUGCAGGUGGAGGAGGAGGAGGUGCAGGUGGAGGAGGAGGAGGUGCAGGUGGAGGAGGAGGUGGAGGAGGAGCAGGUAGAGCUGGAGGUGGGGUCCAUUGUGGAAGAAGAGGUUCCGGAGGAGGAGUUUCAGAGAGGCAGCUUUUGCUCCAUCUUAAUUAUCAACAGAGAGGCCGAGCCAUCUCAUGGCCCCGGGCUACAGAGAGAUGGGGAGCUGAGAAAGCUUCAAGGCAGAGUCCCCCCUUCCCCCCUCGCCAUCCCCCGCCACCUGACCCUCUCAACCAUCUCACUGCACAGCCACAGCCCCCCUCCUGAGUGGGGAGAGAGACCUCUGGUGGAGCACCACCGUGCCUGGAGCACCUGUAGCGUACCUAACCUUACCCAACGUAACCUGGCACAGCAUAACCACCCUAACCUGAACCACUUCAAUAACCCUAACCUCACUCAGCACAGCAACCCUAACUUAAACCUCACUCAGCACAGUAACCCUAACUUAAACCUCACUCAGCCUAGUAACCCUAACUUAAACCUCACCCAGCACAGCAACCCUAACUUAAACCUCACCCAGCACAGCAACCCUAACUUAAAUCUCAACCAGCACAGCAACCCAGAUUUCAACCUCACCCAGCACAGCAAACCUAACCUGGCGCACUUCAAUUACCCUAACCUCACUCAACACAGCAACCCUAACUCUACCCUCACACAACACAACCUAGCCCAACACAAUAACCCCAACCUCCCACAGCACACAGCCCCCAAUUUACCCCAUCAUAUGGCCCCUAACCAUCCUUACCAGAGUCCUCCUUUCACUUACAACAUGGGCAGCACCCUUCCACACAACUUCCCGCACAGCACACACUACCCCUUUUCCCCGUACAGCUCCUCAUAUAAUACCCCGCCCCAUAGCGACCCUUUCAGUUCACCUUACUAUAACUACCAUGGUAACCCAUAUAGUGGGUCUUACAGCUACCUUCAUAGCAACAAUCAUUAUACUGCCCAUAGCUCUUACUCUAACCCAUCACACACACCUUCCAAACUGCCUCCACAUCUCUCUACUGCCCCCUAUGGAGAACCAUACAGUACUCCAUUCCCUGGCCACCAUCAUCUGUUUCCUUACCCCCAUGGAGUUGACCCUAUGGGGGCAGCCCCUAAUUCCCACCUUCCACCAGCCCUGUCUACCACUGAGAUGCAGCUCAGACGGGUCCUUCAUGACAUCAGAGGAAGUGUACAGAACUUGGCUCAGAAUUCAUCAGAAUGCAGAGCAGACGUUUUCAAUCGUCAGAGAUCUGCCCAGCCACUGUUUGAGACCUCUCUCCAGAAGGAGCUGCAGGCUAAGAGGAGGAGUCUGAAUGUGUUCCGGACACAGAUGAUGGAUCUGGAAGUGUCCCUGAUGAAACAACAGGCGUUAGUCUACCAGCACCUCAGUCACGACGAGAGGCAGGAGGCGGAGCAGCUGCAGGGCCUGCGGUCAGCAGUGAGACAGGAGCUGAAGGAACUAGAGCUCCAGCUAGAGGAUCGGCUGCUGACCUUGAACGAACAGCUCCGCUCUGCCAGCCACCACAGUCUCUACCGCCACCGCAUGAGCGGUCACAGCAUGUACAGCCUGUCUAACAGUUCUGCUCUGAGAGCUAUGGAGCCGAUGUUGAACCUGCUGAUGGAACCGCUGUACCUGCAGACAGAGCUGGGCUACGAGGGUGGGGCAGAGAGCAGACCAAGCAUGGCACCCACGCCGCGCUCAGGCCGCUCCUCCAGGUCAGCCAGUCCAAUGAGGUCCACCGGAUGUCACCCAGACCCCUCCCACACCUCAGAGCUGCCCCUCCCUGGUCCCCAGAAGACAGAGGUGUAUCGAACCUCCAUCUCCCUCACCCCAGCCCCCCCUCCACGGCCUGGUGCCUCCACAGGGUUCUCCCAGGGCCAGAUCAGUCCUCUAGAGGCCCAGGACCAUGCCAUAGACAAGGCACUGACAGGAGAGCAACAUCCAGAGGAUCGAGCGCAAGGAGAGGAAGAGGGCAGAGGAGGAAGAGGGGCAGCUGUAGACCCUCACCUGCUAGAGGAGAGGGGUAGGGAGGGAGGAAGAGGAGGAAGAUUAGUUGUAGGAAGGGCAAACAACCCCCAGCUACAGCAGCUCAUCAAGGAGAUCAAAGAGAGCCUUGCUGAUGAGAUCCGACAGGAGAUAGCCAGUGAGCUCCUGGCGGCCGUAUCUCCACGACGAUCACCUGUGUUGGCCAGAGAAUACCCCCUGUUAGACUGUUGACAGGUCCUACAUCUGAGUUGAAGAUAACCACUGGUAAAGUCUACCCAUUCUACUCAACCUGAACACUGGUGAAGCCAUACACUGAACAGCCCAACAACCUUUUUACCACUGUUUCUACUAUUUCCAGAGAGUCUGAUGAUGGCAGAUACCUUAACACUGUGUUUUCAACCAUAUAGGUAGAGUUUUUUUUUAUUUCAAUGGUUUCUUCUCCUCAGUAGUCUGCUGACUGACAGAUACUCUGGGGCCUCAUUUAUAACCGUUGCGUAAAUUUCACACUAAAUAUCUGAAUAUCUGCAUGUGCCAUUUCUGAAAAGACUGCAUACAUACAAAAAUAGAGUUUUAUAAACUUGGCAUACAUAUGUUUACUGUUAUAAAUCACACCCGUCCUGAAACUGUGAGUGAAAGAGCAUCAGUACUCUGUCUGAAAAACGCCCAUCUACCUUUUAUGGUGACAAAAACGCCCUUAUUCGCUGUAUACUUUCGAAGUGUUUGAGCAGUUUUCUAAAGGAAAUAGCAAUAGCGAACUUGAUCAAAUGUCUUUGGAGGUGAUUGCAGAAUGUUAAACUUUUGCAAUGACAUUUGCUGUAGGCCUAGGCUAUCUGAUAGACAAAAAGUUAAUGAAAGACGACAACUAUUGCAAAUUGCUGUUGAGCUGUAAGCAGACCGUUUUAAUUUAAUUGGGCCUAAUGUUUUGCAAUGACUUUUUCUCUGAACGAUGCUACACUGCCCUCGAAUUCUGAAACAUUCUCUACUUACAGUGGUAGACAUGCACACUACAAUGCACCUGUUCACCUGGUAAAUUUUAAUUUAGUUAUAAACCCGCUUCCUUUCUGAUGCGUAGAGCAAAAUACUUGAAAUAAUAGCUUAUCUAAUAGACUUAAUUAAAUGAGAGAUGCGCAUGGUCAUUUUUUGUAGGCUAUGGUUACUUCAGAAAUAUGGACCAAUAAUGUCCAGAAAAGGUGAAGAAUUUAUUCUGCAAUAGUUAUGAAAAUAUAUAUUAUGUGUAUAAAUGCAAUAUUGUCUACUCAAAAAAUGUUAAAUUACAGUAUUCAGAUGUGGGCUACAGAAGUAACCUGCAACCCGUCUGUUCCACCGUUAAUACUACUGCGCUCUGGAUCGGAUGGCAUAGAGCAAAAUACUUGAAAUAGCUUAUCUAUUUACUACUGUGAAGUGGGUCCAAUUAAAGCAGAUAUGAGAUGAAUGCUAUUCCUGUUGUUGCCCGAUAUAGGCUACCUCGUGAGUAUGACACCAUCACAGAAAAGGUGAGGAAUUGAUUAUGCAAUGAUCAUGGAAAUAAAUAAUACAUAGUAGCCAGGGAUAUAGAUAGAUGAUUGUCUAAUUAUUUUAAAAUGCAAAGAUAAACUAAAUAUAUUUUCUCUUUACUCACUAACGGAAAAUGAUUGCAUCUUGUUAUUAACCUGUUUAUUGUUAUUCAUAAGCGUGUCCAUAUCCUCCAUUUGCACAAAAUAUAAAUGUACUUGCCUGCUUGCAAUACAAUAUUUCAACCACUAGAAUCUGCAUAAGCAUUGUCUAAAGUCUGCGAGAAGGUGAGCACGUUUUUACAUCAAGUUCAGUUUUUAUAAAUGCCAACUUUUGUGUGAAAAUUGGCACACACAUUUUUUGAGAUUUAUUUUGUACCUGCCAAAGGUUUAUAAAUGAGUUCCCUUGUAUCUUAAGACGUGUAUGCUGUGUGCCUUGGAGACACUAAUGCUGCUGUGUACUUGCUGUUAUAGUGAACUGUCUUGUUCUCUGUCUUAACCGUCCUAUUUCAAACACUCAGAAUAACUACUGCAUUACUCAUGUGUUGUCGACAGGGGUGUAAUUGGAGGUGAACUAGAGUUCGCAAAGUAAAAUAAUUUUGACAUGUACAAAAUGUGUUUAAGUUAACUGCCCAGUGUUUCCAGAUUUCAGUGAAACAUGACCUAUAAUUACUGACAAUAUGAGCUAAAUAGUUGUCCUUCUAUUUUUUUUAUUAAGUGUGUUAAAAAGCAGUUUUUCUGUGUUGGAAUGUUAUGGGUGUACCCCAACAAAAGAAUGGUGUGGGCAUAUACCCGGUCAUUAAAAAUAUUAAUGCUAGUAGACCGCUGAUUGGCUAUCUCCUCCUCCUCAUGGAGAUGACAUCAUGUUCUAUGAGGAAAUGGCAAGCAUUUUUGUGUUUUAUUUUUUUCAAUUAAUGCUGGCAACAUAUAAGCAUAGGAAGAGUCAACAAUUUGGGGGGGAUAUGAGUUAACAGAAUAUAAACUUUUAAAAGUUAUAUUUUCACUCGGUCGUUACUUUACGGUAAAUUCUAAGAUCAGUAAGUUCCCAGAGUGACUUUUCUCCAAUUCCGUCUCUGGUUGUUGGUGACAUUUGUUAUUAUGUUAUGAUAUGAUCCUGACGUUGUGUAUGGGUUGUAUUUAAGCACAUAGAUGUGGAUCAGGGUGCAUCUCUUGUCCUAAAGGUGAAAAAUAGAGUUAGAAGAUGAUUAUGGUUGUAUGGGAAUUUAGUGUCAGCUGUAAAUUACCAUGCCCUCUUCUUCUAAUGCCAUCUCUAUGAGGAACUAAUCAGACCUGGUUUCAAAUACUAUUUGAAGUCUUUUAAAUACUUUGAUUGUUUUGCUCAGCUUGCCUGUAGUGCCAGAUGGGCAGGGUUUACCGUUUUGGGAAUAUUCUAAUGGCUCAUUAAGCCAGGCAAGGUCAGAUAAAGUAUUUGAACCCAGGUCUGGAACUAACUAUGCAAUACAUUUCACUGUCUCUGAACUUGAAAAUAUCAUUAGUAAAAAGACUAUAUCGAUCUCUAUCAGACAAGAUACUGUUAAUUCUGCUGUGUUUCUACUCUCCAGUUCAGGCCACCUGUCUGUCUCUAUUACCCCUUUAAAGAAAAUAUCUCAGGACAAAUACAUUUAGUGGUUUUUAACGUCUAUUUAAGAUAAGAAAUACAGGUAUGAAUUUUUGUUUGUUUUUAAUGUGAGACACUAACAAAAACACGCAUCUGGGUCGUAUUCAUUAGGCACCAAACAGAGGAAAAUUGAUUGGAUCGUGCAGGGACUAAAUUUGAUUUGAUUUGGACUUACUUUCUGUAGAAUCUUUAAAAAUAACGUUUUCAAUUGUUACCCUAAUGAACACAACCCAGGACAAAGGUGUAAAAUGAGUAUAAUGCAUACAUUUAAGUGGUGCUUUUUAAAAGCAGUAGUUGAUGCAACCCAAUUAAACUUGUUGUUUCCGGUUUGGACAAAUUAUGUACAUAAUGUUUGUUAAAAUUAAAUAUUGGUGCACCUAAAACAUUGAAGGAAUGCAAAAGGGACUAAUUUGGUGGAAUGACCCACUUACUACAUAGCUGUAGAUGAUCUGUACUUAUCUGUAGCUUACUUGUACUUACUAAUGGUCAAGCACAGACGAACAUGCAGCUUAUAACUUCUCUUUUCCCCUAUAUGCUGAACUGUGCAUCACCCCUGAGGUGGCACCCAGUCGCUUGUCCGGCCCGCUCCACACCUCCAGCCCCUGCCUCUAAUUCUCUGGCAUUUCCUCCAGAGGUAUCAGGUGUUCCUAGGUCGUACGUGUUUAGAGGCACAGAAUGAUCCCUGAGCAUAAAUGGGCACCAUUGACGGCAAGGCGAAAACACACUGGGUUGCGUCUCAAAUGGCCUCCUAUUCCCUACAUAGUGCACUACUUUUAACCAGGGUCUAAAGUAGUGCAGUAGGGAAUAAAGUGCCAUUUGAGACGCAGAACUGCCCCAACCAUGGGCACUGGGACUGUGGGCCUGUUUGUGUGUCACUCAGUUUGACUUGGUGUGGUGUUAAUAACAGGUCUGUGUUGCUGAGGUUAUUACUUUUCUCUUAAGCGCUCCUUUAUAUUGUUUAUUAUGGUUUCUCUGUGUACAGCACGUUGACACAUUGUGAACAUUACAUCAGCAUACUGUGUUUUGUCUUCUCAUUCUAGUUUGGAUCAUCUGCCGUUCCUAGACAGAUGCCAGACACAGAGAAAUGGGUCAUUUAUGGUUAUUUAUGGUUCAUCACAGUCCUCAUUGAGGACUGCAUGUCAGAAUGUUGUUGUUUUGCCACUUCACUUAAAUUGAAGUUUUGGUCAGUCCUUGCAGACUACUACAUCAUCCACAAAUAAACAUGUUAUUUAUUUGUAUGUAUUUGAACAUUGUGGUUACAUUAAUGAUGAAUGAAAUCAAAUAAAUCUUAUUCAUGAAU